CUUAAAACCAUAGCGAACGAACAUGGGCGCCAACGACGAAGGGAUCCCCUUUCCCCUCCCUUUGUCGCCACCAAACCCUAACCCUAGUUCCGAUCCAUGGCGGCCUCCCCUUUUUCCUCCAUCCGCUCCACCCCCAAGAUCUCCGCCCCCGCGGCGCUUGUCGUCCCCCGCCGCCGCAGCUCCGUCGACCUCCGAUCCGCCUCCGCGAACCCCCUUCGCGUCCAAAUCGGCGGCGCCGCGGCGAGAACGAGCCGGAUCCGGGCGAGGAUCGCCGCGAGCGCCACACCGGUAAUGGAGGAGGCGGCGGCGGGGAAAGAGUCCGGAUCUAGGGUUUCGACCGUCGUCAACGUCGACCUGGGGAACCGGAGCUACCCAAUCUACAUCGGAUCGAGCCUUUUGGACGAACCCGAUCUUCUUCAGAGACAUGUACAUGGAAAGAGAGUUCUGGUGGUAACUAACACAACAAUCGCGCCACUCUACCUUGAGAAAGUUACCGAAGCAUUGACACACGGGAAUUCGAAUAUUUCAGUAGAAAGUGUGAUUCUACCCGAUGGAGAGAAGUAUAAGAACAUGGAGACACUGAUGAAGGUGUUUGAUAAAGCCGUUGAGUCUAGGUUGGAUCGCCGUUGCACAUUCGUGGCCCUUGGCGGUGGAGUGAUCGGUGAUAUGUGUGGCUUUGCCGCAGCCGCCUUUCUUCGCGGUGUUAAUUUCAUUCAGAUACCCACUACUCUGAUGGCUCAGGUUGAUUCAUCAGUUGGAGGGAAAACUGGGAUAAAUCAUCCACUAGGAAAGAACUUGAUUGGUGCCUUCUAUCAACCACAAUGCGUGCUAGUAGAUACCGAUACGCUAAAUACAUUGCCGGACAGGGAAUUAGCUUCAGGCAUUGCAGAAGUUGUAAAGUAUGGGCUCAUCCGAGAUGCAGCAUUCUUUGAGUGGCAAGAAAAGAAUAUGCAGGCUCUAUUAGCAAGGGACCCAAGUGCUUUAGCCUAUGCUAUCAAGAGAUCAUGUGAAAACAAGGCUGAAGUUGUUUCCUUAGAUGAGAAGGAAAGUGGAUUACGGGCUACGCUAAACUUGGGUCAUACAUUUGGUCAUGCUAUAGAAACAGGUGUUGGCUAUGGACAAUGGCUCCAUGGAGAGGCCGUAGCAGCUGGAAUGGUGAUGGCUGUUGACAUGUCACGCCGUCUAGGCUGGAUCGAUGAUACUAUUAUGAAUCGGGUACUCAACAUCUUGCAGCAUGCCAAGCUCCCCAUUGUACCACCCGAGACAAUGACGGUGGAGAAGUUCAAGAAUACUAUGGCAGUUGAUAAGAAGGUGGCUGAUGGAUUGCUAAGGCUCAUCCUACUUAAAGGCCCCUUGGGUAGUUGCGUCUUUACUGGCGACUACGACAGAAAAGCCCUCGACGAAACCCUUCAUGCCUUCUGCAAAAACUGAUGCAUGAAUCGUGUGCGCCAGCUUUCCAUGUAACGAAAGACAGUGUGGUCCUCUCUAGUGGAUAAAUGAAGAGAAAGAGCAGUGAGUUAAAUGAUAAUUGCAAGAGUGACCUUGUUGUUGGAGAGGCUUAAAAACGCGGGGAAUUAAUAUACGUCGUAAUGUGCUUAUUUAUUGAUUUUGGGACACUGAUAGAUCGAUUGUUAUAUUUACAUUGCCUUAUUUAAAAUAAAUUUAUACUUUUAUUUGUUUCCA